GGACAACCUUUUCCUGCCAAUCAAUCCAGUUUUCCGGUUUUCGUCGCUGUCGGCGGGCAGUGUUCAUGGAGGUCCCAUAUGUUGCUUUCUUUCUCGCGACCCUCCUCGCUCUACAUGGCCUGCGUAAGAAGAGCCUCUCACCCAGCGGGGCUGCUACUGCGUUCCUCGUAGGCACGCUCAUGAUGUCAGGGAAUUCCAAGGUGUUUGGGGUAGCGCUUAUAUUCUUUUACUUGGUGGGUAGUCGGGCGACGAGGUAUGGCAAGCAAAGAAAAGCAAAACUUGAGGAUGGGUACACCGAAGGCGGGGAAAGGACUGGCUGGCAAGUCCUGAGUAACUCAUGCGGGGCGCUAGUGUGUUGCAUGGUGUGGAACGCGGUGUAUAGCCCGGAGAGUGUGCAUCACAUUCUUCUUCCCCUCUCCUCACUUCCCCCGCCGGAGAACUUGGUCGAGCCUGGUACACUAAGCCGCCAGUUGGUGUUUGGCGCCCUGGGUCACUUUGGGUGCUGUUUGGGAGACACGCUAGCGAGCGAGCUAGGUAUUCUAGAUGGGAAGGGACCGUGGCUGGUGACGACGGGUAAGAAGGUCCCGCCUGGAACGAAUGGUGGCAUGAGCGUGGGUGGGACGGUAGCAAGCGUGGUCGGUGGAGCCGGCGUUGGGGCUGUCAUGACAAUAUGGGGUGGGGUGGAGGUGCUAUGGUGGGGCGCACUUGCAGGUGGGCUGGGCAGUUUGGUGGAUUCUGUGUUGGGCGCGACGGUUCAGGAGACAAGGUGGGAGGAGCAGACCGGUAUCGUCGGGAGGGGGAAGAGAAUCAAUGGCUGGGAUUUGCUGUCGAACAAUCAGGUCAAUGUAGUAUCGAGUUUGAUUACGACUGCGUGGAUGUCACGCAUGUAGAGAACAGGUAGCUUGACGUUCGCUCAGUUUCACGAUUAUUGACAAUGGACUUCUUUAUAGCCCUGA